GCAGUGAAGGAGUAGAAAAUCGUAGUUGCUUUUGAAGUCGAAGUUGUGUCGUCCCGCAGUUUGCGUAGUGCUCUGUUCCACUUUAUGUGCUAUACUAUUCUUUUUUGUUUUCAAUGCGAUUAAAAUUUGUCUGGGGAAAGAAGUGAGAGUUUUCCAACGACCACGAAAAAAGUGAGUUUUCCUUCGAACGACGUUUGAUUUUUGUUGAGGCAAAUGUAAGUGCGUUCUGUGAAUACCUCAUCGAUCGCCCUUGUCUACAGGGGCUGCUAAAAAUUUAGCUUUCCUCUGCGGAAGAAUUCAGAGUGUGAUAUUUUUGUUCUCUAUACCGACCGUGCAGUCACAAUUGCAAAACCUGUCACUUGAAGCUUUCUUCGGCAGGGAAAUAUCAUCGUAAUUGGUAUGUCCGUCGUGUUACUGGCCGAGAAGAAAAUACACCCUGGUGCUGUUGAAUAGACGUUUGUUUGUCUAACACGGAAUUAUCUCGGUGUGAAGCGGAAAGAAAAGAUUUUCAAUCAUAGUAGGUCACAAUAUUGCAUACCAACGACCUGCAGAAAAAGGCAUUCAAUUUCGACACACUAGUUUCCUAGGUGAAGAGGAGUGGCUUUGAAAAGUGAGAAAGGAAGUUGAAUAGAAUCACCUAGAGAUGUCAUUUUCGCCAGAGCAAAUAUUGUGUGUUUGAUAGAAUAUAAAUCAGUGACCCCGUCAGGUUAGGUGUUUUAGGUAUGUGCGAAGUUGUCCCGAAGUGAAGUGAUAGUUCUGGUGCAUGAAAACCACACGGAAUAAACGAAAAGAGAAUUCCCUUGGCGAAAACAACAGCGCUUCCGGUACCUGCUUUGUUUGGAUAUCCGAUCGAUACAGCAACCGUUGGCUGCCUGCGAUAGAUUUUGGAUGUGUAAAAGAACAGGUUAUCACCCGGCUUAAUUACGCAGAAAACCUACUGGAAACGAAAGCAUAGCCAGCCAAAGAGACGAGUAGUCUCCGCCGAUCAUUCAAUUGAUCAGUUCAGGUCAUGGUGAUUAUAAAUAACAGAGAUGAUUACUUAUCCUUCCUGAAAGUGCCAGGAGUAAGAAUGCAAACUCCUGUAGUGAGCAACAACAAUUCCACGACGACGACACUGAUUCAUGACACGGCAAUCCAACCGCAGCAGCAAAAUCAAACAUUGAACAUCAGCAACAAUAACACGCUGCUACAUCACAAUAACAACAACAACAGCAUCCUUCUCAGCACUAGCAACAGCAACAAUAGCAGCAGUAACGGUGUGAAUAUCGCAAACAAUAAUAAUCAUACCGGAUUGGCGAAAGCGGUGCUCAUCUGUCGCCAAAAUUCACAUCCGUUCAAUAAUCGAACACUCUCCCUCGAGCCACACCAAGAGGUAAAAGUUGGUCGAUCGGUUGCGAGGAAUCGCGUUUCCGAGAAUAAUGCCAUCUUUGACUGUAAAGUACUGUCGCGGAACCACGCCGUUCUGUGGUACAGCGAUGGCAAAUUCUUCGUCAAGGACACCGGGAGCAGCAACGGUACCUUCAUCAAUAAUGUCCGCCUCAGCCAGACCAGCACCGAGUCGGAACCGUACGAGGUCAGCUCCGGUGACAUCGUACAGUUCGGCGUCGACGUUAUGGAGAACACGCGCCGCGAAACGCACGGUUGUAUAGUUGCGACACUGAAGCUGUUUCUCCCGGAUGGCCGGGAGACGAAAGCAAGCCAAUCGAUCGGCGUCGGUGGCCAGAGCACGAAAAUACCUCCGGUUGAUCUCUACCGGCUCAACCAGUACAUUCAGGAGGCAAAUCAGCGCGAACAGAUUCUGGAAACGAAGCUGACUAGCCUGCAGAAAAUGGUUGAGGCUACAAAGCAUAAUUCCGCACUCGGAUGGCAAGCGAUGAUCGACGAAGACCGGCUGCUUAGUCGAAUCGAUAUGCUCGAGAAAAAGCUGCAAUACUUCCAGAAGAGCAUGACCGACGACAGACUGCGGGAGGAGGUGCUAAAGCUACAGGAUGAGAAAAGUCAGUAUCAGAGCACGGCAAAGGAAGCCCUAUGGAAGGUGCAUCAGGAACGACUGGAUGCCACUCAUAAGCUGGCCACGAUCGAGAAGGCCUUGUGCAGCAGUGAGGACGAAUGCUCACUUCUGCGGGAACAGCUCAACAAGACGCAGCUGCAGUUGCAGGAAGUAACUGGCAGAUUGGAUGCUCUGCAGGGACAAUAUGACGAAAAAGUUUCAUCAAGCGAGGAGCUACUCAAGGCGAAGGAAUCAGAAGUGGCUGGUCUGAGUCACGAAAUUAACCAGCUGCAGGAGAAGCUUAGUUUUUAUGCGUUUUAUGCGUCCGAUGAGGACGAUCAGCAACCGCAACAUGAGUACAAUAACUCAGCUGUCUCUGAUUGGCUGCUGAAAUCUGAUAUUAAAAAACUCGAAGGAUCUGAAGAUAUUAUUAAGGCCAUUUGUAAUGAUGCUGAAACUGAGGCAAACUCCGAUGAAAAGGAAGCCAAUAUGGAAGAUAGUGUAAUGCGACUGCAGAAACGAAUUCUAACGUUGGAGAGAAAUAUUUCAAUCUUCAUGGAAAAGGAUAACAAAGAAGCGAGCGAAUAUAACGAGCCAAACGAUAAUGCCAGCGUGACGUCUUCAUCGGCAACAAGCACGACGACAGCCAACCCCGGUAGCUUAGUUAGUGCAAACGAUAACGGGACGCUCGAUCCAGCAUCGGAGGCUAUGGUCAACAGCGGUGAGGAAUGCGACGGCAAUCAGAACGUGAACAGUAUCAGCAACGACGACAACGUAAACGACCCACAGCAACCGCCGCCGUCCACAACCGAUACGAACGCGAUAGUGACAACGACGAUGAGCACCACCACCAGUGCGAUAAGGGAUCAACAGCAGCAAAAACGACUCUCUGUAGGAACGAAAAUUUCUUGCGAACUGAAUCAAAAUGUGCUUCGAAGAAAUCUGAAACACAUCAAAAGUGAAGUUGCACUCCUAUUGCGACAAGUUAGUAAAUCCAAGGAGGAUAAUCGGAAGAGUGAAAAUAACGUGGUGGCCAAAGCUAAAUACGAAGAAAUGGAGACAGAGCUAUGGGCUCUGAAGCAAGAACUGGAUUGCCGCCCCCUGCCGGAAGAGCUGGAAAAGAAGCAACAGCUUUGCGAAAGCCUAACGGAGAACUUAGCCUUGCUGCGAAUCGAAGCGGAGGAGCUGCGGGCCUUGAACGAUCGAUGUCAGGACGAGAUGGACCGCAUGGAGAAAGAGCUGCUGAAGCAGAAAAAUGAUGAAAAUGACAAGUUGAGUGCAAUGACUGCGCACCAUGAACAAGAAUCAACGACGGCAGCGGAAAGCCUUCACGAUCAAGCUGUGGGGAAAGAAGGUCAUCCGCAGCAUCUAAGGAGUGAUGUGGCACUGGAAGAAGUGCACAAGCAUAUCGAACUCGUUGAUGUCGACACGCAAACUGAUAUAGAAGAGGACAAAGCUGUUAUUGCCGAUCUGAACGAGAAUGAUUUGUCGAUCGGCUACAGUGUAAUGGAUUUGGAUGAUGAUUACGAUGGAGAGGAGGACGAUGAUGAAAAGACGGAGACCAUCGACACGACAGAGAUUUUCGUAGGCCAGCGUCUGUUAAAUGACUCUGAAACAAGCCUAAAUUGCAGUAGUUCUGGCACAAAUAAUCUCGCGACUUACAAUAGUCAGGAAAUCAGUAGUCCUAAAAAUAGCAAUACGAGUUUGAUUUGCAAUGAGUCGAUGUGCGCAAUGUUAGAAACGACAAAACCCCAUGGUAGUUCGGCUGGAGAGCCUAAUGGAGCCAUAAUGGAACGGGUGGGAGACUCACUGCUGGAAAGUAGCAUUGAGCACGAGCUGGAACUCAUCAACCAUCCGGAUGUGCAGCGGGAGGAAGAAAUUAUUGCGUUUAAGGAGAAGUAUACUCAUCUCACCCAGGAGAAUAUCCGGCUCAACCAGCAACUGCAAAAGUUGAACGAGGAUUUCAGUCAGUUCAAGAGCAAAACAUUUAUGAAUCUUCUAAUGUACAUAGCACCCGUCAUUGUUAUCGUUGGUUAUAUAAUGUUUAAUCAUGUAUCAUCGUAAAGGCACUAGGAUUUUGAGUUUAGUUCAGUUACAGAGAUUAGAGAAUUUUAUAAAAUAUUUAUUUGGAAUCCAGCUAAAAGCAGACCAGCACGAUUUGUUUUUUUUAGUUUAUAUUUCUUUCUUCCGGAAAAAUGGUAAAAACUAGAAUUUUUCUUUACAACUACGUUUUUCGGCAGAUAGCUUUAAAUUUUAGUUUUUCCACUCUUUCUGUAAUUGUAUCUAUAGCAAAUAUGUAUUUAUUAUCAAUGAAAAUGAGGAACUGUACUAAUAGUAAUAUAGCAAAAUCCAGCAUGAAUAGAGGUUCAACAGGCAACAACACGUUAGACGAUAUAAGCGAGGGACGUUUUCUUUCCUUCAUCUCUGUAUAUGAGUAAUAUAUUAAUCAUACAAUAUCGAAGCAAACAAUCACUCUCUUUACAUAUAAUACACAAGACACAAACUCUCGCCAACGAACACACUAACACACAAACAUUUUCAGACACCAAAUUUUGAAACAACUACCCCCCUAUGGCAAUGCAGUAUCCUUCAACAAGUAGUUAUUCUUUUGAAAAUGAAAUAGCUUUUAUAUACAUUCAGUGAACAAAUAGUGCGCCCUAAAAUACUAUCAAAAUUUUACGUACACUGGAAGUUCUUCUUGAGUAGAACUUUCGUAGGAUGCAUCGUUUGAAUUCUAACCAAAAAUACUUCAAGUAUGUCUUUGAAAAUUUUUUGCUAUCAAAAAGAUGAUAAAAAAGCAAGUUUCUUGGGACAUGUAAAUUAUCUAGUUAUUUAAAAAGAACUUGUGCGCAUGGUCAAACCAGACAAACUGGAAUGAAACUAACACCUGUAGCAAACAUUACAAGAGUACAAAUACGAAUUAGCAGAGAACCUGAGAGAUGCUGCUCAAUUAGAACGAAGCGUAAGUGAGCGAGCAAUACAUCUUAUAGGAACAGCUUAAAAUCAUGAAUGUAACAAUAAGUCAAUAUUUUUGCUUUGAUAGAGAUCAUGCAUUGUUCACCCGAAACUGAGAUAGAAAUAAUCGCUCGAGGCCACUAUAUUAUACCAACGAAGUGUUUUCGAAAUGGUUCCCUCUGCUUCCUGUUGCCAAUUUAAUAGUGACAGCCAACUCUCGAAAUGAGUGUAGGAGAAAGGUGAGGAGUGAUUCUUCAUGCUCGUCACAUCCGGCGGAAGAAGUCGGUGCUUGAAUAUCUGAAAUAAACCAUGUACAUUUAUGAAAGCCGUAUAUUUCAUGACGACCAGUAGUGCAACCCAAGAGUGUUGCACCUGUGAAUAAAUAGAGAUAAAAUUAA